AACUACCUACAUUUUAAAAUAUUUCUUCAAACCUAAAACUAUCUACAUUUUGAAAUGGAUGGAGUAUAUAAUACAAAAUCUCUUGAGUGAAUAGUUUGGGAGAACUGAAAACUUGCGCACUCACAAGACAGUAUGCCAAAUAUCGUCACAAUGCAUUUCCCUCUUAUAUUAUUUGUCCUUCUGUUACCAUGCUUUUCCGCAUUUUGCUUAGCCAGGAGGAUUCCAACUACCAAUAUCACCACGGAUCAGCUUGCUCUUCUUUCCUUGAAAUCCCACAUCAUUUCUGAUUCUGAUCACCAAGUAUUGUCUAAAAACUGGACACUUGGUUCUCCUGUUUGUGACUGGAUUGGAGUCACUUGUGGGUCCCGACAUCACAGAGUCACCGCCUUAGAUCUUUCGGGCAUGAAACUCACCGGUACCAUACCUCCCCAACUCGGGAAUCUCUCAUUUCUAGUUUCUCUCAACAUGAAGGGAAACCAUUUCAACGGAGAAUUACCCGAUCAGUUUUCAAAAUUCCGACGGCUAAAAGUCCUGGAUUUCACCGACAACAAUCUCAAUGGAGAUUUCCCACCUUGGAUUGGCUCAUUUCAAAAGCUUGAAUACUUGUCCCUUUGGAACAACAGCUUCACUGGGAUUAUCCCGACAUCCAUCUCUAACAUGUCCAAGUUAACGACAUUAUACGUUGGAUACAACGAUCUCCGCGGAAACCUUCCGACAGAGAUCUUUAACAUGUCCGCGCUGGAAAUAGUUUCAUUGGGUGUAAAUGGGUUUACAGCUAGUUCCCUUCCGGAGAAUAUGUGUCAGAAUCUUCCGAGGCUCAAAUUGCUUGAUUUAGAACAAAUGGGGUUAAUUGGUCGAAUACCAUCAAGCAUAGGGGAAUGUUCACAGCUUCAGAGUCUGUACAUGGGUUUCAACUCACUUACUGGAGUGAUUCCAAAACAAAUUGGAGAGCUGAAAGGUUUGGAGGUUCUAGCACUUGGACGGAACUGGCUGGAAGGUAAUCCAGCUACCUUAAUUUAUUGAUCCUAAUAUUAUAAGUAUGCUUUUUAGUUACAAAACGUCCUUUUUUCCGACCUCCCAACUAUAAAUAAUAGAGUACAACAUACAUUAUAAGUUCCAGUCGGGACGAAUAAUGAAUAAUCUUAACCUUCAUAUAUUUUUUCAUAUUCGUUACUGGAUCUAUGAUUUUUAAUGCAAAAUUUGCGUCUACGUAGAGAACAAAUUGAUGACUUAUGGUUUGAUUCUUGUUUUUUGUCAAUUUGGUUCAACCAAAUUCAGGGUCACGUUUGACUAUACCAGUAAAUUAAUAUUUUAAUUUUCCUAAUCAUUUUUCACCUUAACUUUGAUCAGUACAUUAUUUAUUUAAGUUUUACAUCAAUUUUUCCAAGGUGCAAUUCCUGAAGAAAUUGGGAACUUGUCAAUGCUGCAAAUUGUGGACUUCGGCCAAAACAACCUGACAGGUAUUUCACAUUAUAAUAUUAAACUACGACGUUCAUCGUUUUUCUGAACUGAUGGUACGUAUUUUGAGAGGUCAUUCAACAUUUUUAGAUCAACAGACCAUAAUUAUGAUGUAUCCUGGUAUACGCAUUUAAUAAAAAUUGAAAAACAUUUGUAAGAUUUUGUCUCCAAAAACAAAUCUUCAAAGUUCGAUAUGAAUUUGUAGGAACAGUAGAUUCUAACUCUGUAACACUGUACAGUAACACAUAAAAAAAGUGUAUGUAAGAAAUAUUAAAAUCCCUUUCUCAAAGUGGACUUCUAUAAAAAGUCGAUACAGUAUUUUAGAACUAUACAUAAAAUAAAUGCUCAAAGUGCUCAAACAAAAAUUGAAGUGAUUUGCAUGUUUUGUUUCAUGUCAAUGAUGUCAUAAUAUCAUCAAUUUUGUUUUAGGAGUUAUACCUGAAGAGAUGGGGAAGUUAUCCAAUCUUCAACAAAUCAACUUCCACCUGAACAAGUUAACCGGUUCUAUUCCUGUAGAUAUCUUCAACAUCUCAACCUUAAUGUCAAUCGAUUUUGGAGGAAAUAUUCUUCAUGGCAAUCUUCCUAUAACAAUGGGUUACACCCUUCCUAAUUUAGAAAACUUUUAUCUUGAUAGGAACCACAUCGGUGGAGUUAUACCCAACUCAAUCUCAAAUUGCUCAAAUCUUCAGAUUCUUGAGCUUGCAGAAAACAAUUUCACAGGCCCUAUUCCCAACUCCUUGGGAGAUCUUAGAUUACUUCGAAUCUUAGAUCUCCCACACAACAAUUUUACCAAUGAUCCUUCCUCUCCCAUUUUAAACAUCUUUACCACAUUGACUAAUUGCAAGUAUCUGAAGCAAAUCAAUGUAGGUGAUAAUCCACUUGAUGGCACUUUGCCUCAUUCUAUUGGAAACUUUUCUUCCACGCUUGAAUACUUUUACGCUAACAAGUGUAAACUCAAGGGAACCGUUCCAGAAGGGAUUGGAAAUCUAAGCAGCUUAGUAACGUUAAGCCUUUAUGACAAUCAACUUAUUGGUUCAUUUCCAGCUUCAAUAGAAAACUUGCAGAACCUUCAAAUUGCUGAUCUUGGUGGGAACAGAAUGAGAAUUUCUCUAGAGCUGUUUUGUGAUUGCAAGAACUUGGGCCUUUUAGAUCUGCAUGACAACUCUGUAAUUGGUGGUGCAAUUCCAGAUUGCUUAGGAAAUAUUACUACACUCAGAUAUCUUUACCUAAAUUCCACUGGAUUAAACUCUAGCAUACCUGUGAGUUUCUGGAACCUCAAACAUCUAUUGAAGCUUGACCUUUCUUCUAAUUCAUUGAGCGGCUCUCUGCCUCUUGAAAUAAGUUAUUUAAAAAGCGCAACAUCGAUGGCUUUCUCCAAGAACUAUUUCUCAGGUGAGAUUCCAAGCACUAUAGUAAGUCUAGAAGGCUUGCAGAAUCUCUCUUUAGCGCACAACAAAUUUCAAGGGCAUAUUCCCGAAGAAAUGGACAAGAUGUUGAGUUUGAAUAUAUUGGAUCUAUCAUAUAACUUGUUAUCUGGUGCCAUUCCAAAGUCUUUGGAAAAACUUCAAGGUCUUAUUUUCUUCAAUGUCUCCUUUAACAAUUUGAGCGGCGAAAUUCCUUCUCGAGGCCCUUUUAAGAACAUGACAGCUGAAUCCUUCAUUUCAAACAGAGGACUGUGCGGAGCUCAAAAAUAUCAUGUUCAGCCAUGCUCUAACCAUUCUACUCAUCAUAGGAUGAGUAGCAAAAAUAUGCGUACAGUUGUAAUAGUGUUGGCGGUGACGAUAUCAGUAGCCAGUAUCACAUGCUUGGGUUUCAUCUUCUUGAAGUGCAAAAAGAGUGGUAUAACUUCUAAUGAUGAUCCUGAAGGUUUCCCUUCGAUUACACCAAGAAGAAUAUCAUAUGAUGAACUUCUUCGAGCAACAAAUAGAUACAACCAAAGUAAUUUAUUGGGUACUGGCAGUUUUGGAUCUGUUUACAAGGGUACUCUUGAUAAUGGUAAGAUCGUGGCUGUUAAAGUGUUCAAUAUGCAAUCAGAAGGGUCAUUGAAGAGUUUCGACACAGAAUGUGAGGUAUUGCAAAGUGUUCGCCAUCGAAAUCUGGCAAAAGUGAUUAGCAGCUGUUCUAACAUGGACUUCAGGGCAUUGGUUCUUGAAUAUAUGCCAAAUGGAAGCCUUGAUAGAUGGUUGCAUUCAAAUAACAAUUUUCUUAAUGUUAUGCAGCGAUUGAACAUACUAAUCGAUGUGGCUUGUGGUUUACAGUAUCUGCAUUGUGGUUAUACGACAACAAUUGUCCAUUGUGACCUGAAGCCUAGUAACGUCUUGCUAGAUCAAGAAAUGGUUGCUCAUAUUACUGAUUUUGGCAUUUCGAAAUUAUUGGGUAUGGAGGACAGCAUCACAUACACAAACACACUAGCCACACUUUGUUAUGUUGCACCGGAGUAUGCUUCGGAAGGAUUAGUGUCGACAAGAUGCGAUAUUUACAGUUUUGGGAUCAUGAUGAUGGAAGUGUUCACUAAAAAGAGUCCUAGUGAUGAAAUGUUUGGUGAAACUUUGAGUCUAAAGAGAUGGGUGCAAGAGUCUAUGCCUGAUGGACUGGCUAAUGUUAUUGAUGCUAAUUUGCUGUUGACCUUCAAUGAACACUAUCCUAAAAUACUUGAUAUCAUUGUAUCAAUAAUGGACGUCGCUCUGACUUGCACAAAUGUGUAUCCAAGGGAGAGAAAAGAUAUAGAAGAAGUUCUUGGAAGUUUGAUUAAGAUCAGACUUAAACUAUUGCCGUAUUUACCGAUGGCCAAUCAGGGAUUGAAGAAAUCUCGUCCGAAUUUAACUAAAGUGCGAUUCUCAUAAAAAUCUUGUGCUCAAUUCUGGAACCUUCAGAAGAGAGUUUUGUUAGCAGGAAAGCAGGUGAAAUUUUCUUUCAUGUGUACGUAUUAAUUUGAGCUUACUGAAUAUCAAAACAAUAAAUGAUGAUUUGUAGUAAAUUUUGAAGGAACAAGCAUUUUUUUUUUUUUUUCGGAAGACACAAUUCAUCCAUUACUUGCAAUAUUAAGUUAAGGUUACAGAACGGGCACUUUCAUGGGCUAACCUAUUCUCCGCCUACUAACUUUACAUUUACUGCGAAUUACAUAGCGCUAUCUAUUGUCAAGUUGGCCCUAACAAUGAAGUGAAGCCUACCUCUAUUAUUUUCGACUCAACAGAGGUUUUCUAAGAGAAGAAAGAUCGUAAUGAAGAUACAAAAGUAGAAACAUGCCUUAUUUUGAACCAUUUUCCCUCAUAGAGUGUAUAUAAGUGAAUGAACAACUCUUCAGAUAAAUUUUCAAAUUUUUCAUUACAUGUUUAUCAUCUUUUUUUC